AUUUUCUUCUAUUUUCCAGCUGUGAUAGGAGCAGGACUUCUUUACUUGAUUGUACCUUAUGAGAGUCACGGUUUGCUUGGUGUGUCCCACAUGAAGUCUGUUGCACCCCUGGUUGGUUUUGGAGUUGAGUUGCUGACCUCUUUGGUCAUAAUGUUAACAGUGCUGACCUGUACAGAUGGAGGGGAAAGAGCUCUUGAUACUUCAGCAUCUCUGGUCAUAGGAGCUGCCUUUACAGCAUGCCAUUUGUUUGCGGUAAUGGCCAUAAUUUUAUUGAUACAAUGCAUUUGCUUCAAUAACAGAUUUAGAUAUACUGCAUGACACAACACAGUUUGAAGCAAGGAUUACCAGUUAAAUGCAUGGUGAUUCCUUUAAGUGAUCACUUUCCCCUUUUUCCUGAUCUAAACAUUGGGUACUUAAAUGAGUUAAAACAGAAUACAAAAGAUGAUGAUGAUGAUUUUAUAAUGCCUGGUUUUACUUGUGUCCAUGACUUCAACUCAAUAUUGAUCAUCCAUUGCAAUGUAUUAUGAACACUUUUGUCAUUUUUUUACAUGUUGACCAGUAUCCUGUGACUGGGUGUGGAAUCAACCCAGCUCGUUCUUUUGGCCCUGCAGUUUUCAUGAACUAUUGGACUGAUCACUGGGUGAGUGACAAAGACCCACUUAAUCUCCUCCUGUUUCUAGAAAACAGUGGGUUGUUGGUUCUAGCUGUUUUACAUUAUUUGAAGUGCAUCCAUGGCCUGUAAUCUCCUUCCUUGUAACUUUUCACAUCCUUCCCAAGGGUACUGACUAUGUUAUAUGGGAAGGGACUAAGCCCCAUUUGCAACCCCCAAACUUUGGUCAGCCUUUCACUAGCAGUCCUCUCUACAUGGCAUGCAUGUCACCUAACAAGUCAAAGCUCAUUGCCUGCAGAUUACUGACAUCCAUUUUUACUGAAUCUUGACGAGUCAGUAUUCUUUAAAAGCAAUUUUCUCAAUUCUCACAGGCUUACUGGUUUGGUCCAAUCAUUGGUGCUCUAUUUGCAUCAGGAAUCUACCACGUCGCACAAAACUUCCCUGUCACUACUGGAGAUGAGCUUGUUAUCACUGGGAAAGAAAUCAAGAAUGAAGCCAAGUCACAAGGUUUUGAACUAGAAGGUCAUCAACAUCCAAGCCAAGCUGACAUGGAAACACAAACUCCUUAUGAACUGAAAACAACAGUGUAG